AUGCCUGGCCCAGCACCCAAUCUCUACAGCUUCUCAGACACCGAGGCCUUGGCCAAGCAAUUACGGCCGUAUGUCCUCCGCAAUCAGAACUCGGCGCUGAGCCGCCACGAUACGUUCCGCGUCGCAGUCUCCGGAGGCUCUCUCCCUGCCGUGCUCGCCAAAGCGCUCCUCGCCCCGGGUGACGGGUCUCCAGAAGAUACAGCUCAGUUCUCCAAGUGGGAGAUCUUCUUCGCUGAUGAGCGCGCCGUUCCUCUCGACCACGAGGACAGCAACUAUCGCCUUUUGAAGGAUGAGCUUCUCAACAAGAUUCCCUCAGAACUAGGCACCCCCCGAGUCCACCCUAUCGAUGAGAGCCAUGUCAACGACGAUGACCCUCAAGAGCUCGCGGACUUGUACCAGGAGGACUUGAUGCGCUCUUUUGCGGCCAAGGACAGCGUGAAGCUGCCCGUGUUUGACCUCAUCCUUCUCGGUUGCGGACCAGACGGCCACACAUGCAGUCUGUUCCCUGGCCAUGAGUUACUGCGGGAGAAGGACGCAUGGGUGUCCGCGAUCAGCGACUCCCCCAAGCCGCCACCAAAGCGCAUCACCCUCACGCUACCAGUCGUUACCCACGCCGUGAGCGUCGCCUUUGUUGCCACGGGAGGCGGGAAGAAGGAUAUUAUGAAGCAGAUUUUCGAUGCUGAAGAGGGCAAGGACCUUCCGUCAGCUCUGGUCAACCAAGGUGCGGGGGAGAAAGUGAGCUGGUUCACUGAUUAUGCGGCUGUUGACGGUGUUGCCUUCCCGCGACGGGGCAGCUUGUGA